CCCGGAGCGCCCGCCUUGCACCGCGUCCCCUCGCGCACCACAGUGGGCGCGGGGCUCCAGGCGGCCCCCUGUGCCCGGCUGGCACAGCGGUGCAGGAUAAGCCUUCGGGGUCCCGAGCUGGGUGCGGGCCGCUGGGGGCUGCGGGGCCUCUGGAAGGGGCGGGCUCCCUGCAACCAGGAAGCCCGGAGCCGCCCAGGAAUCUUGGCUCGGCCCGCGCUCGUUUCCUCCCCGCCCGCCAGGCGCGAUCCCCGGGCAGACGCCGCGCUCGCUCGCACCAUGCGCCCGCUGCUCUGCGCGCUGGCCGGGCUCGCUCUGCUCCGCGCGGCUGCUGAGCCUCUCAGUGCCUCCCAAGGAGACCCAGCUUGGAGCACAGGCUGUGACAGACUUGUGGCUGUCCAGAGUCGCUUAGACGUCAUGGAGGAGACGGUGGAGAAGACCACAGAGCACCUGGAGGCCCAGGUGAAAAGCCUGCUGGGGCUGCUGGAGGAGCUGGCGUGGAACCUGCCCGCGAUGCCCUACAGCCCGGCCCCCGACCUCCUCGAGAGUGAUCACUUCUGAGCCCAGCUGCUGGAGGUGAUGCCCGUUGGACAGCACCCCUCUGAGGACAGCGUCACCCCUUCCCCAUUUGCACGAAGAAAUAAAAAUUACUCCCCCGGUCUCCUGUGUCUACUGACAGAAUCACCCCAUAACCACAGUCCUCCUCCCUGGGGUCCCCGCCCUAAGGCCCCAUCCCCCGCUAGGCUCUGGCUAUCUGUGCUUUAGCCUACUUCUUUAUAGGGACAGAUUGAGCAGGGGUCAUCCAAAGGCAGGACGCUGUGGUCAGUCACCUAAGGGAACACAGCCUUACUACUGGACCUGGGGUCAAGAGGAGCAACAAUGCCACCUGAAAGCUUGUCACAAACACAAGCUCUUGGAACCCCUCCCCCCAGUCCUCUUGAGCCCCAAUCUGCACUUUGAUAUGAUCUCCAGAGGUCUGCGGUGCACACAACCCACCACCUCUCACCCCUGGGCUGAGGAUUGAGUUCCACUCUAUCCCAAGCUAUAUCCCCAGCCCCUUAUUCCUAUUGCAACAACAUUCAUGUAACAAAUUCCCCAAUUUUAGCCAUUUAAAACUACAAAAUCAGUGGCUUCCAGUACAUCAACCAUCUUGAAUUCCAAAACAUUUGUAUCAACCCAAAAAGAAACCCUGGGUCAAUUAAACAGUCACUUCCCGUGUCGUGUGCCACCACCCCUGGAACCCACAAAUCUUUCUGUUGUGAUGGACUUGCCUGUAUUCCUCACUGUAUAUAAAUGGAGCCAUGCAAGACGCAA